GAUGUUCAAAUGGAAAAUAUACUGGGCUAUAAUCCAAGUGACAGAGCUGCCAAGAUUUAAGAGGAAAAAGGAGAGACCCAGAGACAGGGAAAAACAGAAAGAAAGAGAAAGAGAUGAACCAUACAGUGAUCACAGAAUUUGUGCUCCUAGGUCUUUCUGAUGAUCCUAAACUUCAGAUUGUAAUUUUCCUGUUUUUAUUUAUCACUUACAUAUUAAGUGUCACUGGGAAUCUGACUAUCAUCACUCUAACCUUGGUGGAUUCUCAUCUACAGACUCCUAUGUAUUUCUUCCUUCGGAACUUCUCUUUUUUAGAAAUCUCAUUUACAACUGUUUGUAUCCCUAGGUUUCUAGGCGCUAUUGUCACCCAGGAUAAGACUAUUUCCUAUAACAAUUGUGCAGCACAGCUUUUUUUCUUUAUCUUCAUGGGAGUGACAGAAUUUUACAUUCUCACUGCCAUGUCCUAUGACCGCUAUGUUGCCAUCUGCAAGCCCCUUCAUUACACAACCAUUAUGAGCAGGAAACUCUGCACCCUGCUUGUGCUGUGUGCCUGGGUGGGUGGGUUUCUGACCAUUUUCCCACCCCUGAUGCUUCUGCUCCAGCUGGAUUACUGUGCUUCCAAUGUCAUUGAUCACUUUGCAUGUGAUUAUUUUCCCCUCUUACAACUGUCUUGCUCAGAUACAUGGCUCCUAGAAGUCAUUGGUUUCUACUUUGCUCUGGUUACUUUGCUAAUCACUUUGGCAUUAGUGGUUUUAUCUUACAUGUACAUUAUCAGGACCAUUUUGAGAAUUCCCUCUGCCAGACAGAGAAAAAAGGCCUUCUCCACCUGUUCCUCUCACAUGAUUGUCAUUUCUAUUUCUUAUGGAAGUUGUAUAUUCAUGUAUGCUAAUCCAUCUGCCAAAGAAAAGGCAUCACUGACUAAAGGAGUAGCUAUUCUCAACACCUCUGUUGCCCCCAUGCUGAACCCUUUCAUCUAUACCCUGAGGAACCAGCAAGUAAAGCAAGCCUUCAAGGAUGUGGUCCACAGAGUAGUAUUUUCUACAAAUAAAUAA